AUGCUGGCUGGCAGGGGAAACCUACGCAGCAGGGUGGCCUUGCUGGGAGCCAGGCACCUCCGCGGCCGGAGGCCCUGCCUGCCCCCGAGAGGCAUCGCUGCGGGAAUCAGGCCCCUGCCAAAGCCAGGGAGGAGUGGGUACCAAGGCUCCAUGCCCGUGGGGUCGCCGCUGCCGGGGGCUCGGGGGUGCCCCGCGUCCCGAGGGGUGCUCCCGGCGCUGGGGCUCCAGCCGGCGGAGCCCCGCGCCAUGAAGUCCAAGGGCAAGAACUUGCCGAAGGAGGUGCUGAAGGGGCCGGAGGUGUGCACGGACCCCACCAUGCUCGCCACCUACGCCAUGGGGGUCAAUUACUUCAAGGACGGCCCGGAGGUGGCCCUGAAGCCCGACUCCGAGUACCCCGACUGGCUCUUUAAGAUCCACCUCGGGCCCCCCAAGAAGCUGGAGGAGCUGGACCCCAACUCGAUCGAAUAUUGGAGGCGCCUGCGGAAGUACAACACAUGGCACCGCAACAGGCUGAAGAAGGGCAAGAAGCUGUAGGCGCUGCGGAGCUCAGGACCGCCCUGAGUGCCAGCGCUGGUGCGCCGGGACCAGCUCCCGCUUUCAGUCUCUUCUUCUUGCUAUAAACUUGUAAUAAAUCUCUGGUGAGGCCGAUACCUGUUACGGAGGCUGUGACAGUGCCAG